AUGGAAAUCGCUACACGUCGUGCUUUUAGAGCACAACUAACGAAAUUAAUUAAAUCCGCGAAAGAAACUCUCGAAUCGAAUGAAAGUGAUAUCGAUAAGCUUGAAGGGGAGCUUAGUGUCCAUGUAGACAGAUUAAAUGCAGUGUACGCGAGUGUUAAAAGUAUAGAUCAGCAAAUUUUGCCAAAAGCAUUAAUUAAACCCGAAGAUCACGAUACGGAUGCCCAAAAAGUUGCUGAGUAUGAGGACUCGGCGGUCACAAUUCUCGCACGCUUGAAUCUACGUUUAAAAGCAAUUCGUUUUAAAUCGCAACCUAAGAUGAAUGGAGAUUCUAAUAAUGUCUCAUCAAAUAAAGGUAAUACAAAGCUUCCUAAAUUACAGCUCAAGCGUUUCAGUGGUGACAUGAGGGAAUGGUUGCCCUUCUGGGAACAAUUUGACGUUGCUGUCCAUCAAAAUCUACAGUUGUCCGAAGCGGAAAAAUUCUACUACUUGGAAGGUUCAUUGGUUGGUGCAGCAAAAAGAGUGGUUGAUGGUUUUACAGCUACCUCAUCAUGCUAUGAAGCAGCGGUUUCUUUGUUGAAAGAGCAGUAUGGUGACACCGAAAAAAUAAUUGACAACCACAUGCAAAAGCUUAUUGCACUCCGCCCUGUUACCACAAGAAACGAUGCUGUUGGUUUGCGGAAUCUUUACAACACAAUCACAACGUCCAUCAGAACAUUAACUGCAUUAAAAGUACCCACACAACAAUAUGACGUUAUGCUUAAAACAGUUUUGCUAAGAUGUAUGCCGGUUGAAUUAAGAGUCGAUUAUCAUCGAAGGUGUGAAAAGGAAAACCAUAUUGCUAAUAUCGCUGAUGAUGAGAAUACAGACGAAAGCGAAAGAAAUUCACAAACAUCGCAAGCACAAAGUCAGUAUGUGAAGAGCAUCAUGUGUUUUCUUAAGAGCGAGAUAGAAGCACUCGAAAAAAGUAAAGUUUCCCCUCUUCACACUAAUACAAAAGAACCACCUACUACUGCGACGAGUUUACUGAAAAUUAGCAAAAGUGUGUGUGCAAUUUGCAAUUCAACAGACCAUAUCACAAGUGAAUGUUCCAGCCAUUUAACACUACAACAAAAAAGACAAAUUUUACUUAAAAACAAUAGAUGCUUUCGAUGUGCAAAAAUAGGCCAUUCUUCUAAAAAGUGCAGAAGUGUUAAUUAUCUAAAGUGUUCGAAGUGCGGUGGUAAACAUUUGACCACGAUGUGUGACCCGUCUUUUAAAAAAGAAGCCGCCGCAGCGAUGCAAAUAAUCGCCAAUGAAUCAAACGAAGAGGAUGAAUGCAUUAAUCUAUGUGCGCAUUCAAAUGCAACCCAACAAAAAGUUUUUUUGAAAACUGCACGCUGCCUAAUUGCUGGUGCCGAUAAUAAAGACAUGACAAUUCGAAUGGUUAUAGACGGUGGCAGCCAAAAAAGUUAUAUAUGUGAAAGUGUCGUCGAAAAACUCAGUGUUGUAAAAAGAGACAAAAUUAAAAUGUCUGUGAUUCCCUUUGGUGCAUCUCAUACAUCGCCUGCAAGCACCUAUGACAAAGUUAAGGUAGUGCUAAAAAGCCAAUUCAAUGAAAAGAGCGCCCUUAUUGAAGCUAUUGUUGUUCCGCGUAUCUGUGUUGGCGUGCUUGCGAUUCCUGAUCCGUCUUGUACUGCGUUCAAAAAUCUUAAAUUGGCAGAUCGCGUCACAUCCACAGGCGCAAACAUGGUUGAAGGUCUCAGCAUGCUCAUCGGAGCUGAUUUCUAUUGGACAAUAGUCACUGGUAAACAACGAAAGAUUUCUGAUCGUAUGAGAGCUGUGGAUACCAUUUUUGGAUGGACUCUACAAGGAUUGCAUUCGUUGACAGAUACGAUUGGAGAUAAUCCGAACAUCUAUUCUACAAUAGUCGCCAACAUAGUAAAUGUCACCGAUCAAGAACUUGCGUCAAUGUGGUCAUUGGAAUCCAUCGGAAUUAGAAGCGAAGAGGCAGAAAAGCAGCAUAUUACUCAAGAAAUGACAGAAAAAUACAUUACGAAAAACGGAUCUCAUUAUGAAGCUAAACUACCUUGGAAAAAUCCUGAUGUUAUUUUUGAAAGCAAUGUGUCUCAAGCGGUAAGUCGUCUAAACUCAUUAACUAAACGUUUAUCUAGGGAUCCAAUGAAGUUCCAAGAAUAUGACGCUGCUGUGCGACAACUUCUGGUUGAUGGUAUUGCAGAAUUGGUUGAGCCUGUGUCCAAUGAUGCUCCCAAAAGAAUAUCUUAUCUUCCACAUCGGCCAGUCUAUAAAGAAGACAGCACGACAACUAAAUUGCGCAUAGUUUUUGAUGCGUCCAGCUGUUCCGACGGCAUCCCUUCAUUAAAUGAUCAGCUGUAUACUGGCACUAACUUGUUGCCUGACGUUUUGAAGAUUUUGGUGAAUUUUCGUAUGGGACGUUUUGGCAUCGUGGCAGACAUUGAAAAGGCUUUCUUGCAAAUAUCAUUGAAUAAAGAUGACCGUGAUUCACACAGAUUCCUUUGGCAUAAAUCAUCUGAUGCAAUUGGUGAACAAUCUUUGAUAGAGUUGCGAAUGACGAGAGUCACAUUCGGUGUAAGCUGCAGCCCCUUUCUUCUUACGGCAACUAUCCAACGCCAUUUAAAUCAACAAAGACAAUCGUUCUCUGAAACAUGUGGCAUUCUGGAACAAUGUUUUUAUAUGGACGAUUUAAUCCUGAGUGCGGAUUCUGAAUCCGAUUGCUGUCGUAUUUUUGAAGAAGCGUCAAAAAUCAUGGGUGGUGCUUCGAUGAGUUUAAGAAAGUGGCAUUCUAACAGCACAAAGCUUCGUAACAAAAUUGGCACAAAACAAUUUCCAAUCACCCAAAAGGUUUUGGGUUUGACCUGGUCAGUUUUUAGCGAUGAGUUGUCUGUUCCAAUGCAAUCGAUCCAGAGCUUCUUAGAAUUUAAUCUGAACAACGGAAGCAAGCGAAAUGUUCUUCAAGCAAUAGCGCGUGUAUAUGAUCCCUUGGGAAUAGUUUGUCCAACCAUCGUCAAGCUAAAAAUUCUAUUCCAAGCAGCAUGGAAGCGCAAAUUAAACUGGGAUGAACCACUGCCAGCUGAUUUAAUCGUCGAUUGGAACGAAUGCGUUAAGGCCCCAGCCCAUAGAAUCCAUGCUAGUCUCAAAGCAUACGGUGCAGUUGCUUACAUACGUGCUGUUGAUGACAAAGGUAUCGUAAAAGUUUCAUUCUUGUGUGCCAAAUGCCGAAUUGCACCUUUGAGACAAGAUGGUUCCGACGAGCUCACUCUGCCAAAGCUAGAACUGACAGCUGCCUUAAUAGCCGGCAGAAUUGGUACCUACCUUAAAGAUGCCCUGAAGAUCUCAGUCAAAAAUUACUUCUUCUGGACUGACUCAAGAAUAACUUUAAACUGGAUAUAUGGUCAGUCACAGCGGUGGAAGCCGUACAUCCAAAGCAGAGUUAUAGAAAUUCGUCGCCAUAGUUCUAUUCUCGAUUGGGACCACUGUGCGGGAAAUGAGAACCCAGCUGACCUAAUUACCAGGGGAAUUUCUGGAGAAAAACUUCAAAAGUCAUCAUUGUGGGCCCAUGGUCCGAAGUGGUUAUACGAAUUCAAACCAAACAACAGUCAUUCUGUUCCUGACAUAGGCUUUAAUACUGCUUUACUGCUGGAGAUUGAUGUCAAGAGAUGCAAACAACCAAUUUUUGACUUUGACAAAUUUGGAAGCUGGCUUCGGUUGCUGCGUGUCACCAGUUGGGUACUUCGGUACAUCAACUUCCUUAUAACCAAAGAGAAGACUUUUGAAGGCCCACUUACGAAAACAGAAAUAGAAGAAUCCGAACGUUACUGGAUCAGGUAUGUACAAUUGUUCAGUUUUACUAACGAAAUUCGCUGCUUACAGAGAAAAUUGCCUAUAAAUGCGUCUUCAAAACUGAUUGAACUAAGCCCAUUCUUAGACGAAGAUGGGCUGAUGAGGCUUGGAGGGAGGCUCCAAUUACUAGACGAACCAUUUGACCUUAGACAUCCCAUUAUUCUACCAUCAAAUCAUGCGAUAACGAGACUCAUUGUUAAUGACCGCCAUUUGUCUACUAUACAUGGUGGAGUGGGAGUUGUUCUGACAAAGAUUCGAGAACGUUUUUGGAUCAUCAAAGGACGGCAGCUGGUGAAGAAGACAAUCAACUCCUGUAUUGUGUGCAAGAAGCUUUUUGGUCAACCAGCCACACAACCCUUUGCUCCGUUACCAUUAAAAAGAUUAACAAUGACAAGACCCUUUAACGUCGUUGGUAUCGAUUUUGCGGGCCCCCUUUAUUAUUCGAACUCAGAAAAUGACAUGCAAAAAGCUUACAUCUUGAUAUUCACCUGUGCGAGUAUUCGAGCUGUUCAUUUGGAACUUACUGCUAGUAUUACAACAGAAAGCUGCAUAAUGGCGUUAAGACGGUUUAUGGCCCAAAGAGGAGUCCCUUCUACGAUAAUUUCCGAUAAUGCAAAAACUUUUAGGCGGGCUGCCUUAGAGUUAGAAAAGAUCAAGGAUCUGUUUGGCGAAGAAGAAGCACAAGGUUUCUUAUCCAAAAACCGAAUUCAAUGGGACUUUAUUGUGGAGAGAGCUCCCUGGUGGGGUGGCUUUUGGGAACGUCUCAUCAGAUCAGUCAAAAACACCCUAAAGGUCACUAUCGGAAAAGCCAAACUGAAUUUCGAACAACUUCGAACCAUCCUAACAGAAGCCGAAGCCGUUGCCAACGAUAGACCCUUGACGUACGUGUCCCAUUGGAAUUGUCACCUCUUACACCAGCAAAGUUUUUAUUGGGAUUCUCGUCAUCUAUUCCCGAUUUUCAAACAGCUGCAGAUGAAGAUGCAAAGCUAA